AUGAGGAGCGUGAUUCUUAGCGAGGAUAACACUUGUGAAAGAGCAGUAAUGAGCACCCAGAGAAAAGAGAUGGGUGUGCCCCAACAGACAGAUGGGAUCGUGUUGAGAAUUCUCACAAAAGCUGAAGGACUUGUGGGUGAGGAUGUACCUUUAGAAUUGCUGUUCCAUUUACUGGCAAAUUACCCUUCAUGUCCACCUGCCAUCUCUAUUCACUCGGAGCACUUGACCCGGGCCCAGUCCAUGGCCGUGAAAGAGAAGUUACUUAAGCAAGCAGAGAAGCUUCUGUCGGAACCUAUGGUUCAUGAGUUGGUUCUGUGGACUCAGCAGAAUCUCAGGCACAUCCUCAACCAGCUGGAAACUGGAAGUGGCAGUGAGAAGUGUACCUGUGCGGCAGGCCCCACUGUGGGUGAGGGACCGUGGAUGACCCUUUUGCAUUUAGAUCACAUGAGAGCAAAGACCAGAUACGUCAAAACUGUGGAGAAGUGGGCUUCUGAUUUACAGCUGACAGGAAGACUGAUGUUCAUGGGCAAAAUAAUACUGAUUUUACUACAAGGAGACAGAAGCAAUAUCAAGGAGUACCUGAUUCUUCAGAAAACCUCCAAAGUAGAUGUGGACUCAAGUGGAAAAAAAUGCAAAGAGAAAAUGAUUAGUGUACUGUUUGAAACAAAAGUACAGACAGAACACAAAAGGUUUCUGGCAUUUGAAGUCAAAGAGUAUUCAUCGUUGGAUGAGUUACAAAAGGAAUUUGAAGCUGCAGGACUUAAGAAGCUUUUCUCUGAAUUUGUGCUUGGGCUGGUAAAAUGAAAUGGAAGACAGGAAUCUUUUAGUAAGAUUGCAGUGGUGUUUUGUUUUGUUUUGUUUUGUGUUUCACACUGGGUUUUGGGAAUGGCUAAUUAAAAUCCUCACAAGGGAACAAUUUUAAAGUUUCUCUGAAGCAAAAUGAUAGCGACCAUUCUAACUUCAGGAACAAAAACCAAUUUUGUUUAUGUAAUAUUAAAAAGUAGAAACAUCUAUGUAUUCCAGUUUUUUCCAGCAAAGUCUAGGUUCAAUAGAUGGAAUGUUAUUUGCAAGAUAAAUAUAAGACGAUGAUGGUAAAUGAGCCCUUGUGUUUAUAUAGUGGGUUUGUUUGGAACUGUGCAAUCUUCUGGCUAAUUUUCUUAUAAUUAAAUGAAUUUUCUUAAAGA